UUGCUUUCUGUUUGAAUGUAGACAGCAAAUUUGGACCUGUUGCAAUGGAUGAUUUGGAAACAAUGGCUUUCAAAUCCGUUGAGGAUGAAAUUGCUUAUUGGAAAGAUCUUGCUAUAAAAUAUCAACACUGUGCACAGAAUACUCGGGAAGAGUUAAUCGAGUUCCAGGAAGGAAGCCGUGAAUUAGAAGCAGAACUGGAAACUCAGCUUGAGCAUGCUGAAAGCAGAAAUCGAGACUUGCUGUCAGACAACAAUCGUCUCCGCGUGGAACUUGACUUGUUUAAGGAGAAGUUAGAGGAGCACCAUUCAGAGAAUUAUAAACGGAUUACUAUGCUGCAGGAUGAGCUCGCUGAGACCACUGCAAUUAAAGACCAGCUGCAGAAAUACAUCCGAGAAUUAGAACAAGCAAAUGAUGACUUGGAACGAGCUAAAAGAGCAACUAUUAUGUCUCUGGAGGAUUUUGAGCAACGAUUGAACCAGGCAAUUGAGAGGAAUGCCUUCCUGGAGAGUGAGCUUGACGAGAAAGAAAAUCUUUUGGUCUCUGUACAGAGACUGAAAGAUGAAGCAAGAGAUCUGAGACAAGAAUUGGCUGUACAGCAGAAGCCAGAUUCAAUCAGGAAACCCACAAGCACUUCUUCAGAUUCUGAAAAUGCAACAGCCCAAACAUCUGCGACAAUGCCUUUGACCCCACUGAUCUGUAAAGGACCCAGCAGUGGGUUCCCCACACCUGCCAUGUUUACAAAAGAUGGUUACACUGGCAGCCCUCUGACUCCAUCAGCCAGGAUAUCUGCACUUAACAUAGUGGGAGACUUGCUUAGGAAAGUUGGGGCUCUGGAGUCCAAACUUGCAUCCUGUAGGAAUUUUGUUUGGGAUCAAUCUCCAAAUCGUGCAACUUUGUCGUCCACUCAGAAUGGAAACUGUGCAAUAAAAGACAACAAUGAUAACAGGGUAUCCAAUGCCAAUUUACCCCAAUAUGACAAAGGGUUAGCCAAAAGGCUGGAGUUUGGGACACUUGCGUCGAAGGUCUAUUCGCAAGCAACUGCAUCACCUCAGGGUGUAGUCAAAAUCUUGCUUUGAACCAUGGUAAUUUUUAAAAAAAAAAAAAAUGUUUUUAAAUGAAUUUUUUUUUUCCAAACCAAGCUCUAACAUUCAGUAGACAUGUUAGUGAAAUGAAAAGUUUGAUUUUUUUAAAUGUAUUUUUUUUUGCUAGUGCAAGGUGAAGAUUAGUUUUUCUAAUGAAAGCUAAAAGUAGAUUUUUCUUUCAUAUUGAAGGUGCUUGGCCCAAAUUUUAAACUAUAUUUAGAAGCACCAUUCCACUAGAGAAGUGGGAUGGAGAGCUCAUUAAGUGGAGGGACUUAUAGUUGGAUCUUUGGAAAUUGGCAAUUAACAAUGGAGUUUUGGUCUCAGUUUUGCACACUUAGAGUUUUGAGCUACAUUUCAGUGAUUACAAUUUUAGCAGAGUCACAGGGAAACUGGCUCAUUGUGGAAAAUAGCCAUUUUAAGAAAUUGAUUUCUUGAAAAUUGAACUUUGUCCAAUUAGAGCUCACUUACUUGGCUUUUCAGUAAUUGGUAGCUUGAAGUUUGGCCUCUUGGUGUGUUUUUUUUUAAAUUUUGAUUUGAAAUUAAGUUUGGUAUAUUUAAUCCACCAUUGUAACCACUGGGACAUUGAAAGAUGGUGGGAUAAAGUACAGGUAGCUCCAUAUCAAUUUGUAGCUACUGAAAGUUCUGUCACGUUUUAUUGUUUAAUUUAUGUCAGCCUUGAAUUGGUAACCUUGAUGGUGUGUAGCACUUAACCAAUUUACUUUUCCCAAACAUUGUACAACUUGUGUAUCAAGAACGUUUGGAUACAAUAAUGCACCUGUUCUGUAUCAUUUUGGGGCCCUUUUUUGGCCAAGGUUAAAAUUACAUUUAUUAAUUUGUGAAGUUGCAUAUUUCACACAUGCAACUUUUUUAUUUCUGUAUAUGUAGUAUAGUCCACAUGCCUUUUCUAUAACAAUUUGAAUUAUUUUCUGCAUGCCUUUGGAAGCAUAAAUCAAUACUUCUGUUUUCACCUUUGUAAAUAUUUGCUCUGUUAUGUGUUCAUCCAUCUUGUUAGAUCUUAAAGUCCACAUUUGUUCCAUUUGCUUUUAAAUGCCGAUCUGUUUCCGAAAUUAUUCCUGUCCUUAAUUCUGCUUUAUGUAAAAACUGCUGUGUACUCGAGUGUGUAGAAAUGUUACAACAUUUAAAUGCAAUCCUUUUACCAUAUAAGCUGAACAAGAGUACUUUUGUUUCACAAAAAACCCUUUGCAAUAGAAAGAUAUUGAAGUGAUUGCCACGUUACUACGUCUAGCUCACAAUUGAAAUACCAUGAUGACCAUUGUAAGGACACUUUCAUGAGUGAAGUAUAACUUAACUCUGCUCUGAUACUACCAGUAUAGUGUUCUGUUUCUGUAUAUGUUACUGCUUAUAUCUGGAGAUAUUGGUUCAAAAAUUGACAAAGUAGAAUUUACUGAAGAAUUUUCAUGUGGUUGCCAAGAGAAACUCAUCUUGUUUUAUGUUUUUUUUUAAAUAGAGUGCACAAGAAAGUACAGCAGGUCAGUUGACUUCAGUCAGUUGGAGUGGGUGAGGUUUAGAGCUGGUAAGAGCAGUUUGAGUAUCCAUUUAAUCUGUCACACAGGAUAGUUAUGAAGUUCUUUAGAAUUGGUAUAUUUGAGCUGAGAAUGACUUUGUAGAAGUGUUAAGUAGAUAAAGAAAAAAUGACUGAAUAGUGCCUUAAUGAUUGUUAGUGCCUUUUAAUUAUGGCAGAGCUUAUUUGGAUUCUGUGGUCAAUCUAUGCCUGAUUACUGAAAAACUGGUUAAUCUACGGACUUAAUUCCGAGGAAGAGUAAUCUAACUAGCUGCUGAUGGACAUGAAUUUGUCUGUUUUAUUCUCUAGGUAGUGAAAGAGCCACUUCACUGUUUAAUUUUAGCACCAGUGAACAAAUAGCUGAUGCACAUUAUUUCUCAGCUCAAAUCAAGGAUGUGACCCUGGGGAGGUCUGUCUACAUCUAUUACUGGGAUAAAGCCACUGCCUCACAGAAAGAGGGUGAUAUUUUCUGGUCAGAAAAGUUAAUUAACCAAAGCAAAAGGGUGCAUUUAGGAUCACCAUGAACUUUAUUAUAAUCCUGAACUGCAUAAAAAUUAGGGGAAAUCCACCAGGAGGUUCUGUUCCCUGAACUGUGCUGUUUGUAUAUUUGCCCAAUACAAGCUGGUUUGAUAAGGACCACCCAGUCUUAGAAAGGCCCAGACACUGUCUCUCGUAGGGACUUUGAGAUUGGACUGUGCUUCCUUUUGAGCAAGUGAUUAGAUUUUUGGUACCUUUGUGAAUUUUAUUUUGACUCCAUGCAGAAUGUACUAAUAUUUUGUCUCCGUUGUAGAUUCUGUUGUUUUGUUUUACACUUUAGUAAUCGAUCUCCAUGUUGGAGAAUGGAGCAUUUCCAGUUCUUAUUUUCUGCCUGGUGCCUAUGUUUUGACUCCUCCGCACUGCUGCAUGGUGCCUUAAUCCCAGCAUCCUGUGACGUUUCCAUUUUCCAGGCCAGAUCUUGUGAUUGUUUUGACUUAUUUGACAUAAAUAAAAAUUAAAUCAUCACAAGGUGACAUGUUGCAGGCUAGUUAUAAUGGUGGUUUAGAGGCAAAGGAUUUUUGUUUUUGCAAUACACAAUGGUGUAGACAUGCUCUGGAUUUGACUUGGCAACAGGAAGCAAAAGUGAAUAUGGUUGCUAGGAGGUAAAGAAGGGGAUGUACGAAUGUUUUCACGCCUUUUAAUGGCAGUCUGUGAUUUACCCAUCUUAAUCCUGUCUGGGGUGCCACAUUUCAUUACAUUGUGAAGUUGUGGGUAGGAAUUAACUUACUGUAUACUAUUCCAGAUUUGGGUCAAUGUUUGCUUCUAUAAAAUGUUGCCAUAUCCAGGAUUAUAAUCUGUCUGUAAUCUGAUUGUGCGUUUCUCAACUGAGUCAACUGAAAUAAAAUGAUCAUUUACCAUU